CGUGUCAUGGUAGGCUUUGUGAUUAUCAAAUGACAGACAAGAUUUUAGUAGGCCUGCAAUGCAAUGUCGAAUGACCUUAAACAGGAUUGGAUAAUAAGUGAUAUUUCAAGGAUAUGAUUCUUGUGACAUUCCAAGGCGAUUUUCUAAAGUGGUGCUUAUUUGUGUCAGUAAUGUUUUGAAAUGCAAUUUAGAGACCAGACGACAGCCCAACAUGUUGGGGACAGUGCGAGCGAUUCUUUGGAGUUGCGCUCUAAUUUGGCUGCACAAAUCUGUCUGCUCGUCGCCGCAGAAUGACUACAUGCCUUACAGAAACCCUGCAAUGGUAAGGAAACUCUACACGAAAACGAGCAAGGAAAAAGUCGAGCGUCUUGGGAGGUUGCUCAAGGCGAACGUUCAAAAAAUCCGGAACACCCCAAACGGCGAAGUGGAACUUGUCUUUUUGGUCGAUUCGUCUGCUAGCGUCGGCCAGGACAACUUCUUUGAUGAGUUGAAAUUCGUGAGGAAACUUCUGUCGGAUUUUACGGUGGAUGUGAACAAGACCCGCGUCUCGGUGAUAACUUUUUCGUCUCAGUCGCGAGUGGUGCGGCACGUUGACCACCUGUCUCUGCCCUCGUCCUCUCAUCACAAAUGUUCUUUGCUCGAGGAGGAGCUACCCAGAAUAACUUACACAGGUGGAGCCACUUACACUCUGGGGGCGGUCAAAGAAGCAAAGAAAGUGUUCGAGUCCGCCCGGCCGGGUGCUAUGAAAGCCGUCUUCUUGAUGACCGACGGCUAUUCCAACGCAGGCGACCCUAGGCCAGCCGCGCAGGAGCUGAGGGAGGAAGGCGUCAGAGUGUUCACAUUUGGAAUCAGGAAUGGGAACGUGCGAGAACUCAGGGAUAUGGCAUCGGAUCCCAAGGAUGAGCACAGCUUUAUUCUGAAUAGCUUCGAGGAGUUCGAAGCUUUGGCGCGACGAGCCUUACAUGAAGAUCUCAAAACUGGUAGUUUCCUCGAAGUCGACCAUGCGAAAUGUGAUGGAUUGUGCGGGACUCGUCACGACUGUUGUGACGGUCAUGCAACCUGCCGGUGCGGGACGCACACAGGGCAAUAUGAGUGCAUGUGCGUUGCUGGCUUCCAAGGGUCAGGCGUCAGAGGGCAGUGCCUUCCAUGUCCCAAACAUACCUACAGGAACGAAUCAUCGGAGGAGUGUGUGAAGUGUCCGGACCGUCACCAUACCUCACCAUCCGGCAGUGCGUCUGUAGAGGCCUGCACGUGUGAGCAGGGUUUCGUCACCGAGCCCGAUGGUUCUUGUUCAACUCUUCGCUGCCCAGACCUGAAACCUCCCGAUAAUGGUUACUUUGUAAAGGAGAGUUGCGAGACUGCUUUCAACGCCGCUUGUGGGAUAAGGUGCCACCCGGGAUAUCUGCUGACAGGCAGCAGCCUCAGACUUUGUAAUUUGGACGGCACUUGGUCGGGUACAGAGACAAGAUGUGAAGUUAAGAAAUGUCCAAGGCUCCAUCAACCGAAACAGGGCUCGAUGCUGUGCACCCGCGACGAUGCCUCGUUCCAAACUAAGUGUCACUUCACCUGCAACACCGGAUAUUCUCUACAAGGAUCAAGCACUAGGACCUGUAUGGCUAUUGCACUCUGGGAUGGGCUCGGCGCGAGAUGUAAAGAAGUGAGAUGUGCUCCCCUUGAGAAAGUGAAAGAUGGUACAGUCUUUCCCGAUGUUUGCACGGAUGAUCGGCCGAAGUACGGGACGACUUGCCAUUACAACUGCCAACAGGGCUUCAAACUGGUUGGGCCACUUAGCCGAUCCUGCCUCAGUGAUGGUCUGUGGUCCUAUGCCGACCAAAAGAGCAUUUGCAUUGAUGUGACGUCACCAGCGAUAACAUGUCCAAAUGAUGUCAUAACCGUAGCAGACGCAGGAGAAGGUACAGCUCAGGUGGCUUGGGAGAUACCGGAAGCAAACGACAAUUCCCAUCGUGCACCUUCCGUUCGUGUCAUCCCCGCCAUCUUACCCCCAAGGCAGUUCCCCAUCGGAACCACGAGCAUAAAGUACAUUGCUGAGGAUACCAGUCGGAACCAAGCUCAAUGCGUGUUCACCAUCACGGUGAAAGACUUUGAGAGACCUCGUGUGGACAGCUGUAUUUCUCCAGAGCCUUUGGUCGUCAAGGAAGCCCAGGCAAACGUUACGUGGGAUGAACCAAUAUUCUCUGAUAAUUCUGGCGAAGAUCUGACGAUCAAGCGGACGCAUGCUCCCGGGAUGUUCCCACAGGGCGUGACAGAGGUGGUUUAUACUGUCGUGGAUGCAAGUGGGAACAACAACACGUGUGUCAUUAGGUUGGAUGUGAGAGAACACCCAUGCUCCAUUCCGACGGCACCCCAACAUGGUGAUGUCGCCUGUAAAUCUAGGACGGAUGACAGUGUAACUUGCACCAUCUCCUGCAAGCAGGGCUUUGACUUUGCCUUCCCGCCAGCCAAAGAAUACAACUGCGCCAAUGAUGGAGUGUGGAAACCUGUCAUGCCUGUCCCGGAUUGUUCAGCACUAAGAUCCCCUAACGACGUGACACAGCAAGCAAAUGUUGUCUUCGACACCGACAAGUCUUGCAAUGAUAGACUACUGAUAGCAAGGGCUGCUACCAGUUUCCAGCGACAGGUAUCCAACUCGGUGGCCAAGGCGUGUGGUGACAACGUUGUAUGUACACUCGCUGGCUUUGCAACAGAUUGUAAGGAAUCUAAAGUCGGUGAGCUGUCACUUCGUUUGAGGCGGGACGUUUCGGAUGAUUAUGACAACCGGCAGAAGUCACCAAACGCGACGAAGCUCGAGUUUAAUUUCAAAAUACAAGGAACAGUGUUCACCACGGAGACGGAGGACACGCCCAAAGACGCACUGCUUCUGGAAGCCAUGGAAAGGGUUAGGGGAGCCCUAAAGGAGCGGGCGAGGUUGAAGAAGCUCGAUCAGAAAAUUGGCGAUGAGACAGUCAUGAAACUGCAACAAAUCAACUUCUUUCCAAAGGAGCCAAUAUUUCUCUGUCCGCCGGGAAAUGUCGUGAAGAAUAACGCAUGCCUGAGAUGCCCAAUCGGGACAAUCUUCAACGUGAUCAGUGAAACCUGUAAGAGCUGUGACAAGGGCAGCUACCAGCCGCUGGAGGGUCAGCUCUCUUGCCUCGUCUGUCCCGAUAACAGGACUACAUCGGGAAACAACUCAAAGAGUGUCGGCGAAUGCAAAGCCCAGUGCUUGCCUGGAACCUACUCCUAUGACGGCCUGGAGAUGUGCCAGAGCUGUGAAAUAGGCUUCUUCCAACAUGACUACGCCGAGAGAAGUUGCCUGGCCUGCCCGGAUGGUUUGACUACUUGGAGGAGAGGGACGCGUAGGAUAGGUGAAUGCGAAGUGGUGUGCCCGGCAGGUUUUGUCAGCCGCACUGGUCUGGAGCCAUGCUUUCCUUGCCCUCGGGGUUACUUCCAGUCGCAUCCCGGCAAAUCAUCGUGUUUCCGAUGUCCAGAGAAGUCACCAACUAUCAAUGCCGGGUCCACCUCAGUGCAGGAUUGUCAGGGCCUGAGCGAUUCUCCCAGUGAUCGGGCAGAUGCCCUUGCUGCUCAGUUGCUUAUCAACGAAUGUUUCGCCGAGCCGUGCAGGAAUGGUGGCCGAUGCCAAGGCCUAGCGGUAGGGUAUGUCUGCGAAUGUCCACCAGGCUAUUCAGGUCUGAACUGCGAGUUUGAAAUUGACGAGUGCGCCUCAUCCCCUUGUCACAACAACGCCACCUGUAUAGAUAAACUCGAUGAUUUUGACUGUGUUUGUCAGGCAGGAUUCAGAGGCACCCUGUGCGAGAUUAACAUCAACGAAUGCGACUCGUCCCCCUGUCAAAAUGGUGCAGCCUGCUUGGAUAACGUCAACAGCUAUAGCUGCAACUGCCUGCCAGGUUUUACCGGUGGAGAUUGCGAGGAGAACAUCAACGACUGUGCCUCUCACGCUUGCCUCAACAAUGCCACGUGCGUGGACGGAAUCCUUCGCUACAACUGUUCUUGCCCACGAGGUUUCAGGGGUAUCAUGUGCGAAGAAGACAUUGAUGAUUGUGAACCUUCCCCCUGCAUGAAUGGAGCUACAUGCCGAGACCAAAUUGAUGGCUUUAGCUGCGACUGCCUCCCUGGUUACAUAGGUCAAGCUUGCGAGAUCGACAAGAACGAGUGCGUAAAUGCGCGCUGUCAAAAUGGCGCAUCCUGCAUCGAUGAAGUCGACGCGUUCAAGUGUAUAUGUGCCCCAUCAUUUUCCGGGAUAACAUGUGACAAAGAACUGUCUUCUUCCUUCCACCUCUCAUUUGAAAACUCCGGCACAAUCGAUCACGUGAUGGCGGAAGGGGUUGCCGAUAUGACGUCAGUGACAAUUGCAUUCUGGAUGCAGACAACGGAUAGGAGCAACUAUGGUACACCCUUCUCCUAUGCAGCCGACAGAGAAAGGGACAAUGCAUUGACGCUCAUGGACUACAGUGGGUUUGUGCUCUACGUCAAUGGUAAAAAAGUCAUCACAGACGUCGCCACGAAUGAUGGGCUUUGGCAUCACGUGGUUGCCACGUGGUCAAGCAAUGGUGGAAGAUGGCAGAUCUAUAUCGAUGGAGAGUUGAGGGAGGCAGGUGUAGGGCUUGCCAAGGACACUGUCAUACCAGGUGGUGGACGCCUUGUUCUUGGCCAAGAACAAGAUGGCUUUGGUGGUGGGUUCAGCGCGCCAGAGUCGUUUAUCGGCAACAUGUCGCUACUCAACAUCUGGGACCAAGAACUCCCUAAGCAUGAAAUCAAGAGGCUUGCGGAAUCGUGUGAGAAGUAUAUAGGGAAUGUGAGGGCAUGGCCAGACUUCCUAGCAGGGCUGAACGGGAGGAUUAGGAUACUAAAUUCGACAUUCUGCCAAGAUUGUCCAACACCAACUGAUAUCGACAAUGGUCAUGUGAUACUGACGGGCCUUUCUACCACGGACACAGUGUCAUACUCGUGUAAACCAGGAUACGGGAUUGUCGGAGCCUCGCGUCGAGUUUGCAAGAUAUAUGGCCGCUGGGAUGACAAAGAUCCAAGGUGUGAAAGAGUGCGGUGCGGUUGGCCGGGACGUGUCGUGAAUGGUCUAGCAAGGGGAAACUAUGAGUUCGGGGGCAUAGUCACCUACACGUGCUAUGAGGGGUACCGGCUUGUAGGCAUUGGCACAAGAGAAUGCACUGCGGACGGAGCGUGGAGUGGAGAACCACCUUCAUGUGAAGUGAUUACAUGUCCGUCUCCUCCACCAUCGAAGCUUUGGUUGCUGAGCGGCGGAAGAGAUGUCUAUAUGCCGAGGGAUGUAGUAGAGUUCGCCUGCGCCAUAACCUUCACCUUGUCAGGAAACGACACAUUGAUUUGUAAUGACGACGGCAGAUGGAGCGACCCAUUUCCCGUCUGUGUUCCAAAUGGCUGUGGGGACCCACCAAUGAUUUCAAACGGGGGCCCAAUAGAAGCAGAUGAUGUAUCAACUGAUGGGGAAGAAUACGUUGAAUAUACAUGUGUUCGAGGUUACGAGAUUGCCGCUAGGUCAAGGAUCGUAUGUCGUGAUGAUGGUUCGUGGGAGGAUUACCGACCUGUGUGCAGCGUUAUCCUAUGUGAGGAGCCACCUCUGCUAGUACAUGGGUCACAAUAUGGUGUGAACUACUCAGUCGAUGGCGUGGUGCAGUUUCAAUGCGACAGAACACAUCGUUUGAUUGGUGCCCAUGCCAUUAGCUGCGUUGAUACAGGCAAGUGGAAUGACACCUUUCCCAAAUGUCAGGCGACUCAGUGUCCGGACUUAUCCUCUCCUGGCAACGGGACUGUCAACGUGCAUGGAUACUCCGUGGAUGAUAUUGCUUCGUAUAAGUGUUCAGAGGACUUCAAGAUGGUUGGCACGCCUGAGCGACAAUGUUCCGAGACAGGGUUCUGGACUCCGGCAGAACCAAGCUGUACGGUCAUUCAUUGUGGCUUACCAGAACAAGUGCAGAACGGCUCGACCUCCGGCGAUGACUUCCUGUACAAAAGCAAAGUAACAUAUCGCUGCAUACGUGGACAUGUAUUGGUCGGAGAAGCAGAACGAAGAUGUGAGGCUGACGGAAACUGGUCUGGAAAGCCUCCAAGUUGCAUUUUUGUAGAAUGCCCGAAACCUGAGCCAGUUCGGAACGGCUUCGUUAGGUUAAGUGGACUAUUCUUGAAUGAUACCGCUGAGUACAGUUGUGAGGACGGUCAUGCUUUAAACGGUGAUGCUGUGCUGCAAUGUCAGAUUGAUUCCAAUUGGAAUGGUUCAGUUCCUAUUUGUGAACGCUAUGGAUGUGACCCUCCAGUUAACAUCACACAUGGCUAUCACCUCUUCCGGGGACUCGAACCUAGUUCCGUUGUUGAGUACCAUUGCUUGCCAGACUACAAGCUGGUUGGUAGCAAAUACCUAGCCUGCCAGGAUGAUUUCACUUGGUCUCCACUCUUCCCAGAAUGCGUCAAGCGUCACUGCAAAUUAGGAAAUGAAUUGCGUAAUGGCUACGUUGAAAUAAUUGACAACAUCGAAGGUUCUGCUUUGCGUUUUUCAUGCCGUGACGGAUAUAGGUUAGUCGGCGAUCAAGUCAGGGAGUGCCUACAGGAUGGCUCUUGGACUGGUAUUCCUCCUCAGUGCCUUUACGGGUGUCCCUUCCCUCCAGUCAUACCAUAUGGCUACAGCCUUGCGGAUCACCAAGGCACAUUCGGACCUGGUGACGCAGUGGAAUACAUGUGUGACAUAGGAUACACUGGGCAGUCUGAAAAUAAUUACAUUCUAUGUCAAGACGAUUUAACCUGGUCUGAAGUAUCUUCAUGUACACACAUUACUUGCGAUCCUCCGGCAAGGCUGGUUGACUUUGGAGAAAUUAAAGGAACAAAUUUUUCUUAUGGAUCUGUUGUGGAAUAUAGUUGCAACCGAGGUUACUUCAUUGAUGGGCCAUCCGUCCGGAUGUGCGCAGCAGAUGGGAGAUGGGACAUCCCAGAACCAAGAUGUCAGAGGGUACACUGCAGGACACCAGAGAAGAUCCAUCGUGGUUGGGUUUCCGGAGCAGAUUACAGAUUCGGGAGUGAAGUGACUAUCAAAUGCAUCAGAGGUUACAGGCUGUCUGGGGCUGACUUUGGGGUAGUGUCAGUAUCGAGGAGGUGCCUCGCGAACGGAACGUGGAGUGGACCUGAUCCCUCUUGUGAACUUAUUGAAUGUGUGACCCUAAGGGUUAGAAAUGGCCAAGUUGUUGUUGAAGGUGUUGGCAUCGAAGCGACAGCGACGUAUGGUUGUAACAAUGGCUAUGAGGUCCGGGGCCCGGCCCGUCGGCGGUGCCGUGAUACUGGACACUGGAGUGGGUCGGAUCCAUUCUGCCGCAAAGUCAAAUGCAACAACCCACCAGUCAUAGACAACGGUGAGGUUUUCUUCAAUGACUCACACUACGAUAGCGUCGCUAUAUACGAGUGUGUAUCUGGGUUUGUAGUUGAAGGUAUUCCUUUCAUUUACUGCCAAGGCGAUAGGACCUGGAGCACGGCUUUAGCGGAAUGUCAGAGGAAAAACUGCACCCAGCCGUUGGAAAUUCUGAAUGGCGAAACGACUUAUAAAUCAAUACAUUUCGAAAGCAGGGUUGAAUACAAGUGUAACUCUGGCUAUGUUCUUGUGGGAGACUCACUUCGCACUUGCGAGGAAGAUGCAACAUGGAGUGGGACAAACCCAACAUGCGAACAGAUUUUAUGUGAUGUUCCCAUGGGUAUCGAUGAUGGCUACUACAAAGGCAAUGCUCCUUAUUCAGUUAACGCGACAGUCGAAUAUAUCUGCCAAGAUGGCCAUAGACUCGUUGGAAACCCAAUGAUCGUUUGCCAGGAGAACCAAUACUGGUCUAAUUUGCCAUCCUGUGUUAGAAUUGAAUGUGGUCCAGUGAUUCAUAUUCAUGAUGGAAAAACAGUUGGUAAAGCGCGUUAUGUAAAUGACACCUUUAAUUUCAUGUGCAACGUCGGCUACGAAUUGAAGGGGAAAGAAACAAUCACUUGUGAAUCUGAGGGUGUUUGGUCGAAUGAUCCUCCAACGUGCGAGAUAAUAAAAUGCCCAGAUCUGGCUCAAAUAAAAAAUGGAAAGACUUUCAGCAACAAAGACGAUUUUACCUAUGGCACUGUAAUGAGAUAUGUUUGUAUUCGAGGGCACGAGAUCAUGGGUCCAUUGGAAAUAACAUGUUUGGCCAAUAGAACGUGGUCUGCCAAGCAGCCAAGCUGCGAACGAGUGUCUUGUCUUCCACUUCCUGAGAGUCUUGACAAUGGACGCGUUGAAAUAACUGGGUACCAGUAUGGGGACUCCGCUACUUUCACCUGCGACCCUGGACACAGUUUAGUUGGAAUGAGUGAGUUACGCUGUGCUGAAGAUGGCUCGUGGACGGGAGGAGUACCUUUCUGUUAUAGGAAGACUUGCCCAGACCUCCCACCAAUCGUUAAUGGUCACACUGAAGGGAAAAGCACGUACGGAUCCACAGUGAUCUACAGUUGCGACAUAGCGUACAUAUUGCUUGGGGAGACGCGUCUAUCAUGUAAUGAAGACGGUGAAUGGAGUGCAGCACCGCCUGUUUGCGAAGAAAUCGUUUGCCCGUUUCCAAAUCCACUCGAAAAUGGUGAAGUUACAAUGACAGGAGUCACAUUCAAAGAUGUGGCAAGGUUUACUUGCCACAGGGGAUACAAAAUAACUGGUAGUCCACUACGUCGAUGUCAAAAUAUCUCAGCCUGGAGUGGGGUGACUCCCAAAUGUACCAUAAUUACGUGUCCAUUUCCUGACAUCCUUGAUCAUGGAAAUAUCAAGGAACCAAAGGAUGUUUAUGAGUACGGCGAUACUCUAGUGGAUGUGUGUGAUCAGGGUUAUGAGGUGGAGUUAAUCGUGGGAACAGAAGUGAAGCACCGAUCAUGCCAGGAAGAUGGAACCUGGAGCAAACCAAGCACGUCCUGUCAAAUGAUCAAGUGUCAAGAAGGUGUGCCCCCUAUGGGUGGACGCAUUGAGCUUCAGACCAAUGUUUAUGGUGGUAUCAUCAAAUAUAGAUGUGAGGAUGGUUACAAGAUGGAGGGGUCGAGGUACCGGAUUUGCCUCGAAAAUAGAACCUGGAGUGGGGUACCACCUGAUUGCCACAAAGUUCAAUGUCCAAACCUUGCCCCUGUUGCAAAUGCGAGAAUGUCUUCAACUGAACAUGCCUUCGAGGACGAGGUUUCUUUUGAAUGCGAAACAGGAUAUAAUCUAGUUGGGGUUGAUAGUCUUAAAUGUCUCGCAACCGGAUCAUGGUCGAAUACGCCGCCAUUUUGUGAGAGAAUUACGUGUCCACCUCCAGACGAUAUCACAGGUGGUCAUAUGAGAGGGAAUAUGUACUAUUAUAACAUGACGGUGGAGUAUGACUGCAUCCAGGGGCACAGGUUGGUUGGUGAGAAGAUCAGAUACUGUCAAGAGGAUGCCACUUGGAGCGGGGCGACACCAUCUUGUGACGUCAUCACGUGUCCAAAAUCCGCUGUUCCGGAAAAUGGAUACCUGAUUAGCGAUGGGCAAAACUUCGGCUCAGUUAUUGAAUACGAAUGUGCCGAUGGAUUUAAACUUGUUGGGGGGAGGGUGAGGACGUGUGAAUCGAACGGUUCGUGGACAGGGAUAACACCAAAAUGCACAGAAAUCCUAUGUCCAGAUCUACCCGAUAUUCUGAAUGGGUACAUUUUGAAGGGCGAAAGGCAUAUCGGGAGUUCCCUCGAAUAUCAUUGUUUUGAAGGUUAUGAGUUGGAGGGGAGUGUACAGCGCCUGUGUGAACCUGCUGGUAGAUGGAGUGGGGUCGAACCCUCGUGCAAGGUAACGCAUUGUCCUGCGCCUCCUGACUUUCUUAAUGGUGACAUCUUUGGUGAUAGCUAUACCUUCGGAUCAAAACUUCUAUUCACUUGUCACCAGGGCUUUGUGCGACGCGGACAGGAGUAUAUAACCUGCACUGGUUUCCGGGUUUGGAGUGACAGUUUCCCGGAAUGCAUCAAAGGAGAAUGCCCGGAACGAAAAGUGGUUGAAAAUGGUGCAAUCGUAGGCAGCUCAAGAGACAUUGGUUCCCUUAUCGAGUACAAGUGUGACAAUGGGCAUGUUUUAGUUGGCGAGCCAUUCAGCAUGUGCCGACGUGAUGGCUCAUGGAGUGGAGAAUUACCAAAAUGCACGAGGGUUGUCUGCGACGAGCCGCCAUCAAUACCACACGCGAUGGGCAUGCGCAUUACAGACGAAAGUGGAAAGACCAACGCUGUUUAUUACAAGUGUGAGAAUGGAUACGAGAUAGAAGGAAAUGACGUGCUAAUCUGCGAGGCACCUCAUUGGUUGGGAGGCAUUCCGGAAUGUAAGAAAUCACUUUGCGACGCCCCGCCAUUUGUUGCGAACGCCUCGACAAUAAUUCUUGACAAAAGAGAAGUUCAAUACAUUUGCGAUAUCGGUUUUACAAUGAUUGGCAAUGAUCACGUGAAAUGCAUGGAAAAUGGCACUUGGGUUGCAGAGGGAUUUCCUGAGUGUGAACCGGUUAAUUGUGGUGAACCUCCGCUGGCGGAGCAUCGCAAAAUAGUGUCAGAACACAGCACGAUUUAUGAGAGUACGCUACUUUAUAACUGCACAUCGGGCUACAUCAUGACAGGACAAGCUAACAUCACCUGCUUGAUGAACGGAUCUUGGUCGGGGACGGGGCCGAACUGCCAACCUGUAUCCUGUAAUACGCCAAGGGCCAUAGCAAAUGGGACUGUAAUAGGAGGCGAUUUCACCUUUGGUGCACAAGUUCUAUUCAGCUGCGAUCGAGGAUAUCGUCUUGUUGGGUCUCCCCUGACAGAAUGCCGAGCAGAUGGAAGUUGGAGCCACGAGGAAGCAACAUGUAAACGGAUUCAAUGCGAAAAACCCAGCUCUCCGAAACACGGUCGAGCGAGAGGUGAUUCACAUUUCUUUGGUGACCAGAUUUGGUACGAAUGCGAUGAAGGAUUUCUCUUGGUUGGUAAUGAUAGUGCGAUUUGUUCCGAGAAUGGUACGUGGAGUGUUGAGGUCCCUCAGUGUAAAGGAGCCAGAUGCGCCAGCCUCCCUGCCGUCCUCCGCACAAUCCCAAUAAAACAGGAGGAACUGUAUGUCGGUGACACCGUGGUCCUCUCAUGUCAGAAUGGCUACAGACCAAAAGGCGUCAUGUCUUACACGUGCCUCAGUGAAAAGAAAUGGUCCCCGUUCUCGGGGUCGUGCAAAAAGAUCACAUGUGGGAAGCCCGCCAUGCAGCCUGGGGUCCAGUUGAUAAUAGGCCGGUCAUACCAAUACCAGGAUCGUGUUGUCUAUGUCUGUCGCCCAGGUCUGAGACCAGAGGGAAGCUCUGUACUGGCCUGUUUGGAUACGGGCCAGUGGAGUAGGACGCCCAAGUGUAAAGGUAUGCAAUCUUCUUGCAAGUAUUCCUGCAAAAAUGGCGGAGUUUGCGUCGCCCAAAACAAGUGUGCAUGCCCGCACGGAUAUUCCGGUCCAAGGUGUGCGAUAGCUACAUGUAUAUUGCCUUGUCUACACGGAGGGAUUUGUAUAGGACCGUAUAAAUGUGAAUGCAGGGAGGGGUACAAGGGCUCAAGAUGCCAAACAACUGUGUGUUCGAAGCCAUGUGCAAAUAACGGAUAUUGUAUGCAGCCAAACAGAUGUCUUUGUCCACGUGGAUUCAAGCAGCCGUUUUGUGACGAACCGAUUCCAGGUAUGCUGCGACUGCGCUGACGACGACCACCUUACCAGAGUCCUUAAACCCAUGACUGGAAAUUAAGUACAGUUUUUCGAGGUUGAUUUUUAAGGGCUUUACAGGAGAAAUAACCCGAAAGUCAAUAUGAUUACCGGCGCUACGUGCCUACUGUACUGGUGUAGUGUAAUCUCCGCAGUCAAAAUGUUAUACCGAGACAGGGGGCGCUAGUGACUGUAAUGUUUGGGUUAACACUGAUGCUUAUGUGAAUUUGUGUACCCAAGCAGCAGCGUCAACAAAUUCUAUCCCUAUGGUAGGAUAAGUGGAUAAAUGAGGCAAUCUCAGGGUUCGAGUGUCUACUCGAGGAAGAGACUGAUUGACGUAGUCCCCUGAAACCGAAAUAUGUAAACUGAAGUACGUUCAGAUUCCAGGCGUUCGAGGUGGGCCACUGCGGUGGAUGGUUCGAAUCGGCAGCGCAUGGAGUUCAAGGUGUCCUGUUGUUACAUAAAACAGUGUCCCUCCUAGAGAAUAGUGACAUCUAGCGGCGCACGCCGGGGCUACAGAAGCUAACCCUAGAUUAAUUGAAAAUAAAGUAAUCUUAACGAUAUAUAGCUUACACGUAGAUUUAUUUCAGAAUCGCUUCAUUAUUGAGUUGUUGACUCUACAUGUGCAUAUAUGAACAUAGACGAUUCCCGAUUCUGCUUUGGCUGUGCCGGCCUGGAUCCUGAUUCACGAAGCACCCGUCAAAUACUACACUUGGCGUACACUUACGCUUCGUUUACGUGGAAGAUUACGCUAAGAUUUAUUCACAAAGCCCUGUUUGACCUAACCAUAACGGAACAUUUCCACUAUUAUAAGAUUACUAUGGGCGGUUAUAUCCGCAAUAAAUGGAGGUUGCAAUUUUUAUAUGGACGUUACCUAUUUUAUAAGGAGGUUGCAAAUUUGGGUGGUUGAAUUAAAGACGUUAAAAUUUAUGACGUUAGUAAUUAUAGACAUGGCGAUUUACGGAGGUUGUGAAUUAAGGUCGUAUUGUUAAACAGACGUGGUUUUAUACAGACGUGGUUUAAUACAGUCGUAUGUUUAACAGCCGUUGGGUGGCGCUCGUGUCGGAAAUGAAGGGAGUAGUUCUUGCAUCCUUGCAUCCGUUGCUGUAUGCCGGGUAAUCACACUUACCGGUAAUAGAAAUAGGUGCAGCCUGGCUUUACAGGGUGUAUCAAAAAAGGAUAAAGUUUGAGAAAUUACCCCCAAAUUAGCACUUUAUAUUUUUGGAAAAUAUUUUCGAUAGAUUUUGGUGGGUAGCGGUUUCAUGCAUGUCUGUACAAAAUUUCACACCCAGCUUUUCACGCAUGAGUGAAAGUGCAAAUUGCCUGAACCAAGUUAAAACUGGUUUACACCACUAAGGGAUGGCAUUUAGAUUGAAUCAAAGAUCAUGAGAAAGGACAUUGGGCAUCCGCCUUGCUUUCCACAAAAAUUGCUAAUUACAGCAUUAACCCUUUGACACUCCCUUUGCCAUGAGUCCUUGCAAAGCGCUCGGGACUGCUUGGGAUCUCAGUGCUGGGUGUGACACAUCGUCCUUCAGUAGGUCCAUUACUUCUGAAAGAACUGGACGUGGCAUCCUCCUAAGUCUCAAGGGGAUGCACACGAUCACGAAAAAUGCGCUCGCGACGUAACGCCCGUUGAUUUGCUUCCUCUAUAAUAACUAGUGCAGCUGCCAUCUUCUAUAUCCGAGUCGUCCUCGAAACUAUUCCCACCGACCACACUCCGUGUACUCUGUGAAUACCACGCAAUUGCUUCGUGGACAUAAGUGACGCUUACGGGUGCGUGACCUGCUAAGUGUGCUUUGUGCAUCAGCCCCCAGGUCACAAUUAUUAUUAAUUUUGAUGAACGAUAAUAACUCCAUUAAUUGUAUAACAGCGAUGAAUAUCCCAGGCCUGUAAUUUGUAAAAGUAAUUUCUCAAAAGUACAAUGUACAUGUAUAAAAUGUACAUUGUGUACAGUGUACAGUGUGGUCAUUUUAGGGAUUGCUUGCAAAAGAUUUUGUCAUUUCUCAGGAAAAGACUGAAAUUGGGCAGAAAGCGGGCGAAUUUCAAACCUUCGCUUG